CCAAAUAUUAAAUUAGAAUAUAAAAUCAGUAAAAGUCUUCCAUUUCUUGAUAUUCUCCUUACAAAUAUCAAUGGCACUCUAUCAACAUCCGUCUAUCAUAAACCAGCAGCAGAACCCUAUGUUGUUCCAUUUAUUUCUGAUCAUCCUCGACAUGUAUUCGAUAACAUAGUACAAACAAGUCUUCGACGUACAAUCAAAUAUUCAUCAACUUUUCAAUUAUUCAAUGAUGAGCGAAGAUAUAUCAAAUCAACAUUUUUGUACAAUGGUUACCCGUCUUCAUUUAUCGACAAAAUGUUCAGAAAAUUCUUUUCUGGCUACAUAUCAUCUCGAUCAUUUCUACCAUUUCUUGAUAAUGAAAGUCAAUUCUCACAAAUGCGUACUGUAUUAUCUGGACAACCAAGUCGACAACAAUCUCAAGUCGAAAUGAGAAUUGCAACACUUACAACCGAUAAUGAACAUUUAAUUGAAGAACCGGAUAACAAACAAGAAUUAACCAUUCAAGAAAAUAAGAAACAAAAUGAAUUUCAAAAAAAGCUUAUAAUUCAUUAUACACAUGAGAAUCGAUUUGAUACAUGUAAGCGCGACAUGCAUCGUAUCUUUCAAGAAACAAUUGCAAACAAUCCAAUAAUCGAAACAAAACUGAUCGUUGGGAACAGGAAUCAGAGAAGCACAAUGAGAGAAUUGAUUCGAAAACGUCCAACACACACGAUACUCAAGAACAAAGCCAGAACGAGUAAGAUGAAUAAAAAACUAAAAAAAAAACAAAUCAUCCAAACAUCAAAUAAUAUACAUUGAUUUCUUGAUUCUAGAUGCAAACCAGGAAACGAACAGACAUCAUCAACUCAGAGCACAAAAUCCAACAGCAAACAAUCAAAUAUGAAACAAAUAUCAUCAUUAUCUGAACCCAUACAAUAUCCACUCAACGAACUAUCUAUGUAAUUAAUUCUUCUAACCUAAUUCCGAAUAUUCAAUAAAAUAGAAAGGAGAAUUUAAAAUAUUCUACCGUAAAGUAAUUCAGAACUUUUUCUCUUUCCGAAAAAAAAAAACAAAAUAUCACACAAUUAAUUUCAUAUUACUCAUAUUUGCACCGAUCAGCAAUAAAAAACUUCUACAACUAAUUUAAAUUUUAUUCUUUCUUUAAAAAUAUUUAUCAAUACCAAUUUCAGUU